AGUUAUAAAAUGUCCCGGACUAGCAUCACCUGACUUAACCAGAAUCGUGCGGUCGGCCAUUACUAGUUACAGAGAACAGAGUUCAUCAACUGAAGAGAAAGGACGAACGAACCCCUAGGGCUAGACAUAAAAAUGGACAAAACCGGACAAAACAUUAAGUUUCCAAUAAAAGGUAAACUCUGCUCGGUGGAGGAAAUAUCCGAACUUGCUGUUAAGAUACGUGCCGUUCCUGAAGAUGAGUAUUAUAAAUUUAAUUUUCCAUAUGUCACAAAGCGGAUUCUUAGCACAGAGUUCCUCAGUGUGUUUGUUGAUUUGUACAGCACGAAUGAGGACAUACAAUUCAGACGAGAUGCAACCCUGCUGCUGAAAGGGAUCUCUAAAUACGGUGAUCACAGCAAGGAGGGAAGUUUUAAAGAGCUAGUAGAUCGUGGGAUAACGAAACUUAUCUUGAGUGAGUGUGAAGAUUCAGAUGAUGCUGAUCUGAUGACGAAUAUUGUAACAGUUUUAAGACAUGUUUCAUCGGCACAAAAUUUUGCUCUUUUGCCUUGCCUUGCUUCAGAUGGUCUGUACGGCAAACUGUUUGACCUGCUGACUACCUGGAAAACUAAUGAUGACAUCGUUGCGAUCCUCCUUGCUGCGUUUAUACAGAUAUGUUUCCUUGAGAUGGAACCAAGCAAGGAUAAUGACCUACAAGAUUCAUGUAAUGGGCUCCUCGGUGAGGUCAAGAGAAAUUACCAGCUAUUUGAGGGUUUACUUGGACUUGAAAAUAGCUGCAAAGUCAUUGUAAGAGCAUCUUUAAUCCUAAACAAAUGCCUUGGGAUCAUGGGUGAUACGGAAAUGCAGGAACGAUUAAUACCUCCUCCUGAUAAGAUCUUCACAGAGGAUGGGAUCUCUAAGUUAGCAGGCAGCCUGGAUCAGCUGACGGAGUUUUAUUCGGUGGAGGUUGUGGGACAGAUGAUAGACAAACGAUUGACGAGUGACUUUGUAGAUAAGUUUGUUGAGACCUAUGAUAGUCAUACUGAUGUAAAGUUCCGUAAGAACAUGACCCAUGUGGCGGAAAGACUUGCAGAUUUGAAUGACAAAGAUAUAACUUGCUCUCUUAUGGAGAGUGGUGUUGUAGAGUAUCUGAUAAAAGUUUGUGAAGAUUGUACUGACAGUGGUAUUACCAGCAACAUCUUUGAUGUCUUGAAGAACAUAGCAGCAAACAAAGAAGACAGUCCUACACAACUUGUAGAGAUGGGAAUGCUUUCAAAAAUAGUUCUGCUUCUUCGAAAGUGGCGUAAAGAUGAAUCCGUGAUGACGUCUUUACUUAGAGCAUUGUUUUGUAUAUCUUCUCGUGAUGUGAAGGAUAUCGAAGAGUCACUAACAAACACUUCAGUGCAUGGUGACAUACCUAACAUCCUUCAAGAGAUAAUAGAAACAAGCACCAGUGAUAGCGUCAUCAACGAAACCUUUGGUGUGAUCAAAAACUUGUCUGACACUGAAUUACUUCAUCAGAAGUUUAUAAAUCCUCAGUUUUUUGCAAUCACUUUCAGUCAGCUGAAGUCAGAACAUCUAGGAAAUGGAACUAAAGGUGAGUUACUCAAUGGUGCCAUACUUGCAUUGGCAAAUAAGAAUCCUAACACUACAAAAGAUAUGUUAAGUCCUCACAUUGAAUCUCUGAAGGAGCUGGCUGAGGCAGAUGUUGGUGAGAUAAGCAUAAAUGCAGCUGCUGUAAUAUUGUUAACUAAAUACUUGGGUUGCAAUGAAUUUGUAGAUAAGUUUGUUGAGACCUAUGAUAGUCAUCCUGAUGUAAAGUUCCGUAAGAACAUGACCCAUGUGGCGGAAAGACUUGCAGAUUUGAAUGACAAAGAUAUAAAUUGCUCUCUUAUUGAGAGUGGUGUUGUAGAGUAUCUGAUAAAAGUUUGUGAAGAUUGUACUGACAGUGGUAUUACCAGCAACAUCUUUGAUGUCUUGAAGAACAUAGCAGCCAAACAACGAAAGACAGUCCUACACAACUUGUAGAGAUGGAAUGUUUACAAAAUAGUUCUGCUUCUCCUUCGAAAGUGGCGUAAAGAUGAAUCUGUUAUGACGUCUUACCUAGAGCAUAUGUUUUGGUUAACUUUUCGUGAUGUGAAGGAUCGAAGGUCGCCUAACAAUACUUCAGAGCAAGAGACUACCUAACAUCCUUCAAGAGAUAAUAGAAACAAAGCACCAGUGAUGCGUCAUCAACGAAACCUUUGGUGUGAUAUAAAACUUGUCCCGACACUGAAUUUACUUCAUCAGAAGUUUAUAAAUCCUCAGUUUUUUUCAAAUGCUUUCAGUCAGCUGAAGUCAGGAAAUUUAGAAAAUGGAACUAAAAUUGAGCUGCUCAAUGGUGCCAUACUUGCAUUGGCACAUAAAAAUCCUAACACUACAAAUGAAAUGUUAAGUCCUCACAUAUGAUACACUGAAGGAGCUGGCUAAGGCAGAUGAUGGUGAGGUUAAUAUAAAUGUAGCUGCUGUAAUACUGUUAAACAAACACCUGGGCUGCAAUGUAGUUACUGAAAACAUUCAAUAUUUGGUACCAGAGCUUGACAAGAUGUUUACAGAUGAGGGAAUUUCCAGACUAGCUAGCUGCAUUAAAGCAAUUCCAUAUACGGAAGAAGAAUUUGAGAAAGAAGUCGUAAGCAAGAUCGUCUCAACUGGUUUCAUUGGUAAGAUUAUUGAAUCUUACGAUAACCAUUCCGAGAAAGACUAUCGGGGAAACCUGUUUUGCGUGACAGAAAAAGUAGCUUAUUGUGGCGAUGAAGAAGCAAAAUGUUCACUGGUCGAGACUGGAGUCGUAAAGCAUUUCAUAAAAGCAUGCGAAAAUUGUACUGAUAGUGAAAUCAUCUGUUAUAUCAUUGAUAUUAUUAAGAGUAUCGCAAUGAAUAGCAAAAUCAGUCAGGAAAUACUCGUUAAGAUCGAUGUUUUUCUGACAUAUGCAGCCUAUUUAAAAAGUGGUGCAAUGAUGAAUCUGUGAUAACCAUUUUACUUAAUGCAGUGUAUUUCAUGACCACAGGUCGAGAAGAUAUUGAAGACUCACUAGAAAAUAUUCCUAAUAUUUUGCAAAAGAUAGUUGAAACAAACACCAGCGACAGGCUCAUCGAUGACGCUUUUGAUUUAAUAAAAAUCAUAGUACGAGAUACCAAUGCACUCCAAGCAGAGUUCUUGAACCCAGCAUUUUUCAACUCCAUCUUCAAUCGCCUUAAGUCGAACACUAUAACCAGCAGCAGUAUUACUGAAGUCCUCCUUGGAUUAGAAACUAAAAACGCUCGCAAAACCAACGAUUUGCUAAGUCCUCACAUUCAGUUACUAAAAGAGUUAUCUGAAUCCGAUGACAGUAAUGUAGGAGCUGUACUUCUAUUACACAAAUGUCUAGACGGUAUUGGGGACACUGAAGCAUUUAAACUUUUGGUGCCAGACCUUGAUGUAAUAUACACCAAAGAUGGAGUCUCUAGGUUAGCUGCUACCAUAGGAGCAAUACCUUACACUGAAUUAGACUUUGAGAAACAAUUUCUCGUACACCUCGUUUCUACUGGAUCCAGUGAAAAGUUUAUUCAUGCCUAUGAAACACAGAGUGAGGUGGAGUACUGCAGGAAUUUGACCUACGUACUCAAAGAAAUAGUAAUGUAUGCAGGAGAUGAUGCAGCGAGUUCUGUGGUUAAGAGUGGGAUAUCAGAACACUUGAUCAACUCAUGUGAGAACUGCUCUGAUGGGGAAGUCAUGGAUAACAUAUCUACUACUCUGCAAUUUCUAACAUACGAUGAUGCGAAUAUUAUUCAGCUUGGUGAACAGGGAGUCCUGAAAUGUGUACCUACGCUGUUAAAAAGGUGGAUUGGAAAUGAGCGAGGAGAGAGUAUUGCGGACAGCCUGAUUAUAAUGUUAACUAAGAUGUCAGUGUCAGUUGUUGUAAAGGAGCGUAUUGUCAGUCUGGUGAAUGUUGGUGUGAACAUACCGGAGGUAUUGGUAGAUAUCUUCGAAACCAGCA